CGUCGAGUCGCAAUGAGACAUUAGAUUUCCGGCAGAACUGUCAAAUUAAAAGCGCCGAUUUGGCGCACAAGUCGAAACUUCGCUCAGUCAUAGCAGUAAAAUACAAAUAUAAGCUAGAUAUAACGUGCUAUAGUGUUAAAUGUAACACUGACUACAACAGACACCGACGUUGAACACUUCAGUGACUUGCCUUGUUUGCUGCCACCAGUAUUGAUGCUUUAACUUUGAAGGCGACAUCUCCUCGUUUCCUGCAGACCGUGACGUUCGCACGGUUUCUGCUCCUUCGGCGUUAACUGCUAGCUACCGCCAACGUUUUUCUAAUGUCGUUUUAGCUGCAGUCUCCCGCUUUAAGCGCGUGUUCGCUCGAACGACAUCAUAUCGACACACGAUAUUUUAUAGUCGUGAGCAAAGUUUGUCCCACGUCUUUGUCAAACUCAUGAACUUGUUUCAGUCUGGCUGUGGGAGCGAGUGAAGGCGGUCUCCUCGUCCAAGAGCUUCCCGAGCAAUGAAGAGUCAGCAGAAAAGCCCUGAACAAGACGGCACUGUUACCGUCAACGAGGAAGGGUCCGUAGCUACCGCUGAGGAUCCAGCAGCUAUUGCUACCAUUCAGUCUGCUGCCACCUUUACUGACCAACCCAUCAAAUAUCUGUUCAAGACAGAAGGAGCGGGUGGACAGGUGACCUACAGAGUGAUCCAGGUGGCAGAUGGCCAGUUGGAGGGACAGACAGACGGAGCUGCAGCGGUCAGCCUGGUCGCUGGUUUCCCCGCGACCACUCAGACUGUCACACAGUCAGAGGCAUUGGAGGGAGAUGGCAGCGCUGAGACACAGUACACUUAUUACCCUGCCACCAUCGCAGAUGCCACCACUGGUACCAUGGUAACCACCGUGCAGGCGUCUGACACGCUUCUGGGCCAGACCACGCCCACAGGGCAGCUUUAUGUGAUGAUGUCACCACAGGAGGUUUUGACAGGGUCCAAUCAAAGGACGAUUGCACCUCGAACUCAGCCGUACAUCGCGAAGCAGGACGCUCCGCGGGCCUCCAGAGAUGAGAAACGGCGAGCCCAGCACAACGAAGUUGAGCGGAGGCGCCGGGACAAGAUCAACAACUGGAUCGUACAGCUGUCAAAGGCCAUUCCAGACUGUAACGUCGACUACACCAAGACGGGACAGAGUAAAGGGGGGAUCUUAUCCAAAGCCUGCGAGUACAUAAAGGAGCUGCGACAGAACAACCUGAAGCUUGGGGAGGACGUCAGCGUUCUGGAUCGUCUAAGAGUUGACAACCAGCUACUGAGACAGGAGGUGGAAGACUGGAAGUCCAAGAAUCAGAUCCUGAGGAACCUCUUGCGACAGCACGGCAUUGUGGGAUCGUCCAGCACAGAGUCUCAGUGAGAAACCUGCAGUCAUCAACCACAUGUGGGCCAAAGGUGUACUUGAAAUACUUUGGAGAUACUUCAUUUGUGAUCAGUGUGCAUGAAACGGGGGGAAUAAGUGAAUAUUGUCAUUAAUAUUCAAAUCCAACUUCUUUGCUAAAUGACAUCUUUAAAUGUUGUUUUCCAAGCUUUUUACAGCAUUCUUUUAUCUACAGUACAAUCAUCAUAUUGAUUUAGCGAAGCCCUCAUUUAACGCCUCCCUGCACAAACAUUAUGAUUGUUCAUUACCGUUAGCCUCCAGUACAGUAAGCUCACGUUUCUUUUCCUUUCUGUGUAUCUGUGUAUUACAUGCACUCAUUCGUAUGUUCUUGUUGUUUAUCACUUUGAUCAGUCGAUGCUAUGAGUUUGUUAUCCAAGAGUCUGACUCUUUGCUUUGUAUUUUUACUGUGUCAUGAAGCGUCACUGGGGACAUAUAUUACAUUGCAACAAUGUAACUAACUAAAUAAAUUGGAGGGGGGGCAUUGCAUAGUAUGUAGGGUAUGUAUGUCUUUAUAAUAAAAACAAAUAUUAUGCUACAUGUCA